AUGUCUAAUACAAUCCGAAUUAUUUUAUUUGUUUGCUUCUUCACAAUAACAUUUAUUGAAUUGUCAUCGUCUGAGAUAAGACAAACACCAGCAACAACAACAAAAACUACGGAUUCAAAAUCUCUAUGGAUUGAAAACAGAAUUCCAAAGCCUCCAAGUGGCUGUAAGAACGUCUUCAUCUGCAAGAAAAAACUCAAACAUAGUUUUGCUAAUCAGACUAUUAAGCCUUGCAUCAAGUAUUGUGUAAGAAGUUUCUCCUGCCCUGACGAUUUUGUGGGUAAAACAGAUCCCAUAGAUCCCGAUUGGUGUGUUCUUCUUGAUCAGAAUCAAUUGGAAGAUUUUGAAACAGCAGCACCUCCAGCGAGGAGUGAUGGUAAAACCAAUAUUGUGCAAGUCAAUAUGAUUGACUUUCCAUGUCAAGAAGGAUACUUGCCCGAUUUUAGAGGAAGAUGUCGUGAAGUUUGGUAG